CCCCACAUUACUCCUCACUAUACUCCACAAAGCAAAAUUUGCCAAGGGUUUCUAAGGGCGCAGAUGCAAAUCGCCCGGGAACUGAGACAAAGAACACAUCCAGUCCUCCCUUCUUCACUCCCCAAGUGCCAAUUCCCCAGCUUAGCUCGCACACAGAGACAAAGAACAACAGUGUGGCACCAACCAAUGCAGCCAAGAAUUCCACACCAGAAAGAAACAACCAAAAAUCCUCUCUCAGAAUUGAACUCGUGUGCUACAAACUUUGUCUCCUUGCUUUCCGGUUAAAGCACUAGCGAACAAGCAAUUAAUUAAAUCCCCCACUACCACCGCCCGCGCCGCGGCUGCUAGCUGCUAUCUGAUCCGACUCCCCCACACUCUUCUUCUUGUCUCUGAUUGAUUGCAUUUCGCUCUGCUCCAAGAAACGCGAGGAGAGGCAGGGCUCCAAGGAAAUAAGCAAGAAUCUUUCUCCUGAUAGAUACAUACCUAUACCAUACGGAGAAGCGCAUAGCCAUCUUGUUGUGGAUUCCUUCUUGUGGGUGCUGUGCUGGGCGCUGGUGGUGAAGAGAUGGCCUAGCGGCGGGAUGGGGGCGGCUGGAUCUCGAUCUAUUGGGGUUGCAGCCGGCCGCAGUUGCAGCAGAGAGAGGAGGAAUCCUGUUGGGGGCGGGCAACUGAUUGAUGUUAGAUUGUGAUUAGCUGUUGUGGCUGUCAUACUCUGGCCGUGGCAUCACAGACGAUCAGUGUGUUCUUUAAAAGUAUAAGAACAGCUCGGCUGUUCAGUUUGUUUGCAUAAUGGCAGCAACAUCACCAACUAUUGCAAGGCGCAAGUACUCAUGGUGGUGGGACAGUCAUAUCUGCCCGAAGAACUCAAAAUGGCUUCAACUGAAUCUUGAAGAUAUGGAUAGCAAAAUUAAGCUAAUGAUCAAGAUUAUUGAAGAAGAUGCUGAGUCAUUUGCAAAAAGAGCUGAAAUGUACUACCGGAGGCGACCUGAGUUGAUGACCUUGCUAGAGGAGCUGUACCGUGCAUACCGAGCUUUAGCAGAAAGAUAUGAUCAUGCAGCCGGGGAACUCCGACAGGCUCAUAGGAAAAUAGCAGAAGCAUUUCCUGAUCAGGUUCUAUUAGACUUGGAUGAUGAUCUACCAGUUGAGACUACAUCCAUUGAAAAGGACCUUCAGAAUCCAGACUUGACUUCAUAUUUCCUAUCUUUAUUUAAUGCUAGUGAAUCAAAAGGCCUUGUUAAAGAUGACCAGAAUUAUGAGAAGUUGCAAAAAGAACUAGUUAGUCUGUCACAAGAAAAUCAAGAACUCAAGAAUAGGAUCUCAUCAGUGUUAGAGCGGAGCAACAAUGCUGAAUCUGAGGUUCUUCGCCUAAAAGAGGAUCUUGCACAACAAGAGGCGGAGAAGGAAGCUGCAGUUCUCCAAUGCCAGCAAUCCACUGCUAGGUUAGAAAACCUAAAGUCUGAAAUAUUGUAUACCCAGGAGCAGUUCAGCAGACUGAAAGAGGAGAUGCAAACUGGAUUGCUACCUUUAAGCACCGCAAACGAGCGUUUUCUAAUGCUUGAAAGAGCUAACCAGGACUUGCAUUUGGAACUAGAGAAGCUAAAACAUUUGUUGAAACAGAAGCAUGACGAGCUAAAUGAGAAGCAAGCAGAGUUGGAAAAUGUUAAUAUCUCUAGAGAAGAAGAGCAUCUCAAGUGUAUGCAAGCAGAAAUGGUGAAUCUCUCUUUGGAGAAGCAAUUUUUACUAGCACAGGAUAGAUUGAGCCAUUUGGUUCUUGAGAAGCAGAGUGAAGCAAUCAAGAUUAAGGACAUUGAAACAAGCAAAUUUAUGCUUCAGAAAGAGUUGGAGAAGAUCCUAGAAGAUAACAAAAGGUUGAAUGAUCAACACAACUCUUCUUCAGCAGUUAUAACUCAUCUUCAUGAUGAGAUAAUUUUAAUGAAGGAUGCACAACACAGACUUAAGGAAGAGGCGUGUCAACAUGUGGAUGAAAAGAAGACACUUCAAUAUGAACUUUCUCACCUUAAAGAUGACAGAAGUGACUUAGAGAGGAAACACUUUUCAAUCAAGGAGCAAAUAGAAUCGGUGAACUUAAAUGUAGAAUCACUACACGAUCUUGCACAAGAGUUGAGGGAUGGAAAUUUUGAGCUCAAAGAGGUUAUCAAGAACCAUAAGAGCACAGAACUUCUGCAUACUGAAAACCUAAGGCAGUUGGAGAAGAUGUCUGAGAAGAAUGCACAUUUGGAGAAGUCUUUGGCAGCUGCAAAUACUGACCUUGAAGGGUUAAGAGAGAAGAAGGUAGCAUUGGAAGAAUCAUGCAAGGAACUCAAUUCCAAGAUUUGCAGUCGUCAAUCCGAACGAGCUGUUCUGGUUGCACAGAUUGAGGCAAUUUCGCAGACCCUGGAGGGGCUGCUGAAGAAGAAUGUAUUUUUGGAGAAUUCAUUAUCUGAUGCUAAUGUUGAACUUGAGAAUUUGAGGACGAAGUUGAAAGAGCUGGAAGAAUCUUCAGAGGCAGUCCACAAUCAGAAUUCCAUUCUUGGAACCGAGAAGAGAACUCUUGUCUGUCAGGUUGAUAACAUCAGCGGUACUCUUCUGAACUUGGAAGUCCAAUACACAGAGCUAGAAAGGCGACACACAGUUCUACAGCAGGAGAAAGACACGGUGCUUGACGAAGUGAUCAGGCUACAGGAACAGAUAAGGUUCGAGAGGAAGGAACACAAACAUGCAAGCAAGACUCAGUUUGAUGAUCUAGAGAAGCAAGUUAGCCUGUUGCUUGAGGAAGGCAGGAAUAGGGAGGAGCAGCUUGAAGAGGAGGAACUCAAGAUUGCCAAAGCUCAAGUAGAGAUCUUCAUCUUAAAGCAGUGUUUGCACGACAUGGCAGACGCAAAUUCUGAUUUGUCAGCACAGUUGCAAAAGAAGAAAGAAGUAUGUAAGGUUCAGGAGGAGAAAUUGGACUGCUUAUCACUGCGUAAUGAGAAACUAACUGAAGGGAUCGGUUCAGUGCUGAAAGUAUUACACUUGGAUGAGAAGUAUGAAUCCUUAGACCAAAUGAAGCCUGAAAUCAUUGUGCAGCUCAUCUUGCAUGAGAUCCACUCCCUGUGUAAUACAAUAUCCGAUGCCCAGGAUGUGAAACAGAAUGAACUUGUUGAGAAGUCACUUGUUGUCACACUUCUGGAGCACCUCAGACAUGAGGUAGCUGACCUGAGGUCAGAGCGGAACAUCCUCAAGCAAGAUCAGCAGGAAAAAAGCAAGGAGUUGCUCCAGCUGCAGAGCGAAAGGCUGGAAAUCAUGAAAAUCAGCAAUGAGUUCUGGGAAGAGAUGGAGGCUCGCAACCACAGAGUUGACGAGCUUAGGGCUGAGGCAAAGUUCUUGGUUGGACAGUUGUCAGAACUGCAAGAUUCUCGGAGGUCACUGCAAAAUGAGAUUAUCAAGCUGAUUCAACAGAACUCUUUUCUGUCAGAUGAACUAAAGGAUUCCAGAGAGAAACAAAAUAUGUUUGAAGAUGAUUUCAGCACUCUCAUCAGUGACGCAGUCAGCAAAGAUAUCCUUGUUGUGAUCUUUAGAAGUCUUCAUGAAGAGAGGGCCUUACAAUUGAAGUCUUUGCACAAUGAUUUUGCAUGUAUUCAAGCUGCAGGAAGUGAGCUUUGUCAGGACAUCAGCAUGUUGAACAAGAAUCUUGGAGACAUAGAAAUUGAGAAUAACCACCUUGGGAAAGAUCUCAAUGGAACCAUGAAUAUUCAUGACCGGUCUAGUGCAGAAAAUGCCUCAGAAAAAGGGAAUCCAGCAUGUAGAGAUAAUAAUCUCAUAAGUUCUGGCAAGAUCCGACAGGAUUACCAUGUAAGCAUGGAAGUGGAACAGCAGAAGGAUGUAGACAUCUCUGGUCUUGAUAAAUCGAAUGAAAUGCUACAAGAGGAGGUACUUAAAUUGAAGGGCAAAGUGGAAGUGCUUAGGAGCAAGGAUAAGACUCUGAUAGACAUAAAAUCUUGCGAUGAGGAGAUCAAGGAAUUGAUGUCUAACAUGCAAAUGGCCAUUAUGAAUGCAGCUCUGUUCAAGGAGAAGGUACUUGAGCUUAUCAUAACAUGUGAAAGUUUUGAGAUAAGUUCAAUGGUGCAGAAGGAGGUGCUGAAGGAAGAUAUCACCCGAAGAAAUUCAUAUGUGGAUGAGCUGAAGGAUAAGCUAAAUGCCAUAGAGAAUGAGAACAGAAGACUGAAGGUUGAUCUUAAUGGUGAUUUCACGAUGUUAGGAUCAUUGCAGGCUGAAGUCAGUACCCUAGAGAAACAAACCAUGUCUCUUGCCAAUGAUUGCUUGCAAUCAAAUAAGCUCAGGAUAGAGGAAAAUGCAUUAUCACCUGAGCCUUUGAAAACCAUGGUGUCAAGUGAUCACAAUGCAAUGAAGAUGGUGAAAGAAAUGGAGCUGCAGAAACUGCAUGGAACAAUCAAAGCACUCCAGAAGAUGGUCACGGAUGCGGGUGUCCUUCUCGAGCAAGAGAGGCUUGACUUCAGUGCCAAUCUGCAAGAAGCGAGGAAGCAGAUUGAGGUCCUGAAGCUGAAAGAGAUCUUGGAUGAUGACUUAACUGAAAUGAAUUAUGAGAAAAUGCUGAAAGAUAUACAACUUGAUCUCAUCCAAACUUGUUCAGGCCGUAGAGCUGAGUCCGUAGGUCAGGAAAAGAAAAAUGUAGCACCAGCAGAUGACAAGGUGCACGACGUUCGUGGCAUUAUUGGACCAAGCAGUAACCAUAUUCAUGAAGAUUUGAGACCACCACAAAGUGAGUCACUUGAGAAAGACAAUAGUAAACAGUCUCCUGCCGACCUAAUGGUCGUAAAGGAGCUCGGUGUUGACAAGCAAGAGCUACCAAGGUCUAUCACCAGGGAGCCGCACCAGGAGUGGAAGAACAAGGUCAUCGAAAGGUUAUCUUCUGAUGCACAGAGGCUCAACACCCUCCAAUCCAGCAUUCAAGAUCUCAAAACAAACACCGAAGCAUCAGAAGAGCACGAGCUGGAGAGUGUCAGAUACCAAAUAAGAGAAGCUGAAGGUACCAUCAUGCAGUUGAUUGACACCAACAGUAAGCUGUCCAAGAAGGCUGAAGAGUUCACAUCUGCGGAUGGUCUCGAAGGGGACAACAUUGACUUGAGGAGCAGACACCAGCGGAAGAUCUUGGAGCGUGCCAGGAAAAUGUCAGAGAAGAUUGGGAGGCUGGAGUUGGAAAUGCAAAAGGUCCAGCAGGCUCUGCUAAAAUACGAGGAGCAGAGUAGCAGUAGAUCAUCGAAAACCACACAGCGGCGAUCCAAAGUGCAGCUCGUGGAGUAUCUCUACGGUAGAAGGCCAGACAGUCGAAAGCAGAAGCGAUGCUCGCCCUGCGGUUGCAUGAGAGCGAAAACCAUCGAUGACUAACCUGGCUUCACGCCACUUCUUUUUUAAAGGCAAAACUGGGAGGCCAGGAUUUUCAGCUCCAUGAAUGGAGCAAAUCAUGAUAUGUUCAUGUUUACUUGGGUGAAUAAUGGUGUUUGAGGAUUGUAAAUGGUAGUAAAAAACUAAACCAUAUGUUAUAAGUUUACCUCCUGGCUUGUAAGAUUAGUGCUAACAUUUUGUUGCUUCUAGCUUCAGAUCAUGUUCUAUGAAUCGAGCAAGUGAACAUCAUAGCUAGUGGAAGUUUUCUGUAAACAAGAGGGCACAUACAUACAGUUCAUUAUUUGGAGAA